AUGGAGGGGCCCAAUAAUAGUAGGGGGCUGUUAAUCAAUUGGGAGUUUGCAGUCUUCAUUACUUCAAACGUCAAAUAUUCUAUUGGUGGCACGGGCACAAUCCCUUUUAUGUCAUGCGCGCUUCUUGCUCAAAUGGCAGAAUUGCAGGCCAAGGCAACACAACAAGAAGCACGGAAAUCCUCCUCCAAAACUCUGGUGUUCCCACCAUCUUGGGUCUCUCAAAGCUUUGGGGAUGACCUUGAGUCCCUUUUUUUUACAUUUUCGCCUAUAUCUGUAUCAAAUAGCUGGUCGAACCUCAACCUGGAUGUGUGCAAACUGAGGAAGGUCUAUUUCUUUGCAGUGUCAUCAGAGGAGGCCCAUCUCGAAAAACAAUUCCACCCAUACUUUGCAAAACUUAUCCCCCUUGCAAAAGAGUGGCGGGCAAUCCUGAAGGAUAACAUGGAGGCACGGGUCACUUUUGAUAGCAUCAUCGAUCUGCUAGAACAUCAUAUCACCACCCUUGAGGACGACGAGGAGCGCACAUCCACUAACGAGAAUCUCAAGAAAUCCGCUGCAGAAAUCACUAAAUGCUUGAAAAAGCGGCAAGCAGAAGGGGGCAGUAUGGAGCCUGAGUCUGUGCCACAAUUAGCCAAGCACAAGAAGCAUGAGACAGCUGAUGGUGACUCUGCCAGUGAAGUGACUCAGGCGACAAUGGACUCAGAUGGCUUAGAUUAA